AUGAAACAAUUCAAGGAUUGUAUUGAUGAUACGGGACUCAUGGAAGUGAGCUUCCAGGGAGAUCGCUUUACCUGGGAGCGUACAGGAUUGAAAGAACGCCUUGACUGGGUCUUCUGCAAUUUUGCUUGGUUUGCUCAGUUCCCCAACGCAAAAGUUUCCCAUGAGUUAAAAUUCAAGUCAGAUCACAGAGUAGUAAUUCUUAAUACAGAUCCUAUAGUAGACAAACAGAGGAACAAGAGAAAUUUCAGAUAUCAAGCGGCUUGGUGCAUGGAAGAAAGUUUUAGUGAUGUUGUUGCUGGAGCGUGA